ACUGUUUUCAAAGAAAUCGCCCGAAAUAAUUUCAGUUUAGUUGACCCAAUAAAGCAUAAUGGCUAAAAUCGAAAGUUGCAACAAAGUAAAACCGCACUUGAGAGAAAUUCUUUUGUUUGGUGCAGCAAAACAUUUACUGGAUGGAGGAUCGCUAGACCACAAACAUGCAAACUAAAUUGGCAACUGGCUACUGGCCAAAAGCACAAUAAGAAUGCCGAGGGUCAAAUCGAACUGCUUUGCCGUGUCAAUUAAACGUUUUGACCGCAAGCCAAUUUAGGGCACGGGCUGCGCUCAGGUAAAUGCCGACCAGGUAGAAAACAGGAUCAGACCGAGCCAAGCUGAGCUCAGCGAAUCAGGUAAGAGCAGCGGCAGCAGCCAAUCAACAUCAACUGUUGCUGCUGCUUCUGCUGCUGCUGCUUGUGCUGCCUAUUUAAGGCUCAGGCUUGGCCUGGCCUUCAGUCAGUUAUCCUUUGGCUUAGCACACACGCACAACAUGUUGACGAACAACGAGCUCAUCGAGCACUUCUACUACAGCGCCGAGAGCCUGGAGGCCGACUCCACGGAGACCAUGCUCGGCCAGGACAACUUGCAGCAGCAGCUGGAGCAGUUCAUGAAUCAGCACGAGGACAGAGACUUUAGCGGCAGUGCGGACAGCUUAUCCGAUGGCACCAAUAGCUGCUCUCUGGAGCUCUACUACGAUACGCCAGCCGUGCUGGAGCUGGAGCAAAUGCUCAGCGCUCAAACCCAACAGCAGCACAAGCAGCUGCAGCAACAACAACAACAACUGCAGCAGCUGCAGCAACAACAACAACAACAGAUGCAACAGCAACUAUCUGCAGGGGCCAGCAAAUUUCAAACAAAGGCCGCGAAAUAUUGGCAAAAAACAGCGCGCAGCAGACCCUACGACUAUCAGCAUGCCUAUCCGAGUGCCUCCUGCGAGGAGGAGCCGGAGGAGCACGAGAGCUGCGGCAAAGAUGUCCUGCGCAAGCGUCGGCUGGCUGCCAAUGCACGCGAACGUCGCCGCAUGAACAGCCUCAAUGAUGCCUUCGACAAGCUGAGAGAUGUGGUGCCGUCUCUGGGCCACGAUCGACGACUCUCCAAGUACGAGACGCUGCAAAUGGCGCAGGCGUACAUUGGCGAUCUGCUGACGCUGCUCGCCAGAGACUACUGAGCGGGCGCGGGCUGGCGAGGGGGCAUCAAUGCAACCGGGGCGUGUUGCUGCAACACUUGAACCUAGUGUCAACUUUUAAAGGCUGUUAGUUCAUAAAUUUAGCUGAUAAACUUCUGUAUAUAAGUUAGGAUCUUAAGAGCGUUAACUAA